CUAGCCUCUAAACCCUUCACCAUCUCACCUCUUUCUCUCUCUCGAACAGUUGAAGGAGGCUUUCUACAUCCGAAGCAUAAGCAAAGUUUUCUGCUUCUCAUUCGUGAAAUACAAUGGGAAGAGAACGAGAAGCUCCAAAGCAGCAGCAGGUCUCGUAUACGGUGGAACAACUCGUCGCCCUGAACCCGUACAAUCCUGACAUUCUUCCUGAUCUCGAAAACUUUGUGAACGAGCAGGUUUCAUCACAAACAUACAGUUUAGAUGCAAACCUUUGCCUUCUUCGGCUCUAUCAGUUUGAGCCAGAGAGGAUGAGUACCCAGAUUGUUGCUCGCAUUUUGGUUAAGGCUCUUAUGGCAAUGCCAGCUCCAGAUUUCAGCCUUUGUCUAUUUUUAAUCCCAGAAAGAGUGCAAAUGGAGGAGCAGUUCAAGACACUGAUUGUUCUCUCACACUACCUAGAGACAGCGAGGUUCUGUCAGUUCUGGGGCGAGGCUGCAAAGAAUCACAACAUACUUGAAGUUGUGCCAGGUUUUGAGCAAGCAAUCCAAGCUUAUGCAAUUCAUGUCCUUUCUCUGACUUACCAAAAGGUUCCCAGACCUGUACUUGCGGAGGCUAUCAAUAUUGAAGGCCUCUCUUUGGACAAGUUCCUGGAGCACCAGGUGGCCAACUGCGGCUGGGUUCUGGAGAAGGGGCAAGGCCGAGGUCAGCUCAUUGUCCUUCCUCGCAAUGAGUUCAACCAUCCAGAGCUCAAGAAAAGCACAGCCGACAGCAUCCCAUUAGAGCAUAUUACCCGAAUCCUCCCCAUACUUGGCUAAUUUUCUGGCCAGAGGUUGAACAAAAUGUUCACAUUUACAUUUUUGUUUUCUUCGUGUUUCCAAUGGAAAAUUCAAGACUGACGCAAAUUGCUCCACCUGAAUCUCUGAUUAUGUUGCAACUCUUGCGUUAAAUCUAGUUUAUAUUUUAUAUCUACUUGUAGUUGAUUCAUCAAUGAUGGGGGACUACUGAUUCUUAUUUUAUGUUGUAAACUAGAAAGACUUCAGUUCUGAAACCUGUUUGCACUGCUACCUGGUUCGAAUUUUA